AGUGCUGGCUCGUAGCUCGCCGCGAAAGGUCGUGACCAAACGCCGUAAAAAAGGAAAUAUUCGCGCGUAAAUUGAAAAAUAAUACUGUGUUCUGUGAUCAAUCGAAUCUGAUUUAUUUUUAUUCUUAAAUAAUAUUAUUUCGUAACGUUUUCAAUAUGGCAGUGUAAUUUUUACAAGAUAUAAAUAAUGAGCUAUUUUCUCAUACGACUUUAGUCUGUGAAAUAUCUUUAACAUUUUUAAGGAGUGUACAACCAAUUCAUUUUGAGUAAGCAGCUUGGAGUUUUUUGCUAAUGUGCUACGCGAGCAUAAAGUCAAAUAUAACAAUGAUGUCGGUUAUGACAUUUUCAAAAAUUUCGCAUACAUAUAGAAACGUUAAGUGGUGAAGUAGUAGUGGUAUGUGUGUAGUGUGACGAUGUAAAAUAUGUUAAAAAUGUGGUCGGUAAAGUGGAUCAGGCUAUUAGUGAUGCUGGCAGCGUGCUGGGCUCAAGAAGGCGAGUGGAGUGAAGAUGCUGAAGACUUGGUGUCGACAGUCGACGUUGACGCGGUGUUGGGGCGCACUGCCUCCCUGCCCUGUGACGUCACACCAGACGCUAUUGAAGAUCGCGUCUACAUGGUGCUCUGGUUCAGAGCGGGAAAAGCCACGGGUGGAAAACCUAUAUACAGCUUCGACGUCCGCGGGCGCUCGUUCAACAAAGCCCUGCAAUGGUCCGACCCUAACGCUUUCGGUCCCCGGGCGUAUUUCGCGACAGUCGCCCGUCCGGCUGCCCUCACCCUCGACACGGUUCAGCUAGACGACGAGGGAGUCUACCGAUGCCGGGUCGACUUCAAGAACUCGCCAACAAGAAACUUUCAGAUACGGCUAUCCGUUAUAGUGCCACCGCAUCAACUCAUUCUGUACGAUAAAUCAGGACGAGACGUGUCCGGAGUCGUAGGACCUUUAGAAGAGGGCAACGAACUCGUUCUUAUCUGCGAAGUGAGAGGAGGUCGUCCAGCACCUACCGUCAUUUGGCUGAUUGAUGGCACACCUGCGCCUCAGUAUAUUGGUGAGAAGACCGAUACGCACGUGGUCGUCAAUCGAUUAGAACUGCCACACGUCAGAAGAAGUCACUUGAACACAACCUUCAAAUGCCGGGCGUCAAAUACGAAUCUAGUCAGUCCACAAGAGAAGACCGUCAGAUUGGAAAUGAAUCUGAAACCGAACAUGAUAGAGAUCCUGAACAAACCAGUCACCUUAUCGUCGGAGCGACACGUCACGCUAACGUGCGUAUCGGAAGGCAGCCGACCCUCAGCCCAGCUCACUUGGUUCAAAGAUAACAGAAAAUUUAAAAGGGGAAAGGUAACCGAAGGAACGAACGAGACGUGGGUCAGCAGUCAGUUGAUGUUCACCCCAUUACCUGACGAUGACAAUGUCCAGCUUAAGUGCCAAGCGGACAACAACGCCUUACCCGGCCAGAGCAUAGAAGAUUCAUUCAAACUGAAUGUUGUAUAUCCUCCCGUCGUGUCGUUGUCAUUGGGCAGCACCUUAAAUCCACAUGAGAUAAAAGAAGGUGACGACGUCUACUUCGAAUGCUCAGUGAAAGCUAAUCCACGGGAACAUCGGAUAUCAUGGUAUCAUAACGACAAGCAAGUUCUUCAUAACGUGGUAUCGGGAGUAAUCGUGAGCACCAAGUCUCUGGUUCUACAGAAAGUGACAAGAGAUCUGGGAGGAGACUACUCUUGCAGGGCCACUAAUGCUCUCGGUGAAACGGCCAGCCAGACAACACAUCUCAGUAUACAAUAUGCACCAGUUUGUUCGCAUCCAACACCUCAAGUAUUAGGAGCACAAAUAGAAGAAGCAUUGAGAGUGAGAUGCUCUGUCACAGCCAACCCUCCGGACGUGACGUUCUUCUGGCAAUUUAACAACAGCGGCGAGAGUCUAGACGUAUCUCCGCUAAAAUUUGGUACAGCGAAUGGCAGUACGAGCGAAUUGGUGUACAAACCUCAGAGCGAGCGUGACUUUGGAACGCUUAGCUGUAGAGGCGCCAACACUGUCGGGAGACAACUGGAGCCAUGUGACUUCCAAAUUGUGCCAGCUGCAAGGCCUACGGCACCACGCAACUGUUCUCUUCAAGUAAGCAAUACCAGUAUAGAAGGCAUGAGCUCCUGGCUCCGGAUCCGCUGCGUCGCUGGCUACGACGGAGGAUUACCUCAGUUUUUCAUUCUCGAAGCACUAGACCCCAUCACGGGCAAGACCAGAUUGAAUAGCAGCGUUAAUGAAACCGAUGGCCUCGCUAUGUUCAAGUUGGAUCUGUCCCAACUCACUUCGACGGGCGAGGGAGAUAGCGCAACAUUCAAUUUGUUGAUAUACGCUAAGAAUUUAAAAGGGGACUCAGAAAAAACUCUCCUGGAAAAUAUUGCGUUCAACGAUGCGGCUAGAAGGACAGACGGCAAAACAACAAUGGGAGGGGUGACCCUUGGUGUUUUAGUAGCCGCAGCACUUGGAGCUACAUUAGCUUUGGCCGGCUUGGCUUUUGGAGCGCUUUGUGCUAGAAGACGAAGAUCCCAACCUCCCCACAAACAUCCGCCAAGAGAUAUGCUGGAACUCAGCGAUGGUGGAAGAAGAUAUGUUGUUGCCUACACUAUCAAGCCAUCCCCGGAUUCAAAAACUCCAGAUCCACAACCAGAUAUUCUUAAUGCGCCAGAUGCUGACGGCCAAGUACCAAAACUAGACGAUGCUGAUGAGUGGCCUAGUAUAAAGGAAGUUCGAGGAGAAUGGACCAAAUCCGGUGCAGUUUUCUCGGCGGAAGAUUUAGCGUUGUUAGAUUCAGCCGUGCGACCACAACAGCUAACUCCAGGUAACGAAGUCGCACCUAAUAGCAGACAAGACGAUGUUUUAAACCAGAAUUUACCCCAACCAAUAGGUAGUAAUAAUUUUAGGGCCAACUAUGGAACAAAUAGUCCUACUUUGGGUAGUCCCAAUUUUGUUUGUCCCAAUGGUAAUUUAGGAUCGCCAUUUGGGAGCCAAUCUUUAGGCCUCAGUGGGCCAACUUUGAGCUCAAGUAGCCUCGCUACUUCGACUUUACAUAGAACCAAAGGGAAAGGUAACACGCGGAGAAGAGAACAUGUCUUAGCUGAAAACUUACCUGGACCCGAAAGUUGCGUCUAGAACUUUACUUAUGAUUAAUAUUCAGAAAGGCCUACUAACUUAUUUAGUUAUUAAUGUCAUCUUGGACGAUGAGUUAUAUUUUCAUAGUUAUCGGAUCUAUUUAUGUAAUAUGAUCGUGUAUUCAUUGAUUGAGAUGUCUUGACAUUUUAAAGUACCUUUUUAAUAUAAUUUCACUUUCAUUACUAAACCAAAACUAUAAAAAACAUAAUCCUAAAUUUCAAACUUAUUGUUAAAAUGAUAUUUAUUAAAUAGUUUCUAAAAUAACAAUAUUGCGUUAUUGUUAAAAUAGAAAACUUUUAAGUUAAAACAUAAUUAAGUGUCAAAGUGCGUUGACAUAUGUACCUAUUAUGAAUUAAUAUUAAAUGUGUUUAAAUUGACAGGGGCAGUUUUUUUUUAAAAUCUUAUAUGUUGGCGUUUAGUUACAAUUUUAGUUUUGCUUAGAAUAUAUAUAAUAUACUUGUAAUACAAUAAUUAGUUACUAUGAUCGUGUUCCUGUCAAAUUUAAAAGUUUUUAGAAAUCAGUUUUUUUUUUUUGUUAUAGAGUUGCAAGCACUAAAAUUACAAACUUCACUCAUUCUAAUAGACAGUUUACGGUUUAAUCUCAUGCUCAUUUCCUUUGUUUUCGUUCGAUCAUUCAACUAUGAAAACUGGCGUAUUAAAUGAAUGUUAAUAUAAAUGUACUGCGAAAAUGUUUUUAAUAAUUUCCAGACUAUGAAAAGAAAGAAAAAAGUCACUUUUCGGUCAAAAAUUUUAACUUAUUGUAGAGCUUAAAACAUAGUAUGACUUUGUAAACAAUGUAUACUGCUGACACCAUAUGAUUAAAGAUAUAACGGAAAACCAAAAGGUAUCCCAUAGGUACCAACUAUCGAUUGGCUGUCAAUAAAUAAAAAAAUAAUCUAAAAUUUUUUUAAUCUUUUUUUAAAAGUCGGUUGUGUGAAUGUAAAUAAUGUUAGCUGUAAAAUUUAAAUGUAUAGAGUUUAUAGUGCAAAAAAACGCUUUUAUUGUUAUAUUUUUUAUGUGAUUCUAGGGAAUUUGUAAAUUAUAAAAAUUAAAAUUAAUCGACCGCUCUAACUUACUGUUUUAAAUUGAUAACGUAAAAUUCAGAGAGUUAUUUUGUUUAUUUAAAGACAUAUAUAAAAAUUUCAUUCCAGUUUUAUAGAGAUAUUCUUGAUGUCUUGUGACUUCGAUCUUGAUGUGUAGGGCGUUAUUCACAUUAAAGUAUAUAAUAUAAAUAUAUGUACCGGUAAUACGCCAAUAAAUACGUUUAUUAAACUAGUUUGGAGUCUCUUUAAAACAGUUAUUUAAGCGGUUAUGCUGCAAUUAGUGCCAUUCCGAGAAUUAUUGUAAGCGUUUCGAAUUGUGUUGAUUUUAUUGUAGAGUUUAAUAUCGAAGCCGUGGGAUUAAGUGCAGACUCCCGAUUUCAGAGUAAGUUGUUUGCAUAUGCCUUAUAAUUUUUUUAAUAAAUAGUUUUAAAGUAAAUUAAGGGUUCGUUUCAAAAUAAUUUUGAAACGGUUAAGACCUGAUCUAAGUAUUAAAUAGAAAGGACGUUUGAUGUAAAUUACAACAAAAGCAAUUGACUAUUCUUUUCAUGUUGAUCAAAUAGUGAACAAUACAGAACUACAAAUUCUACAAAAAAAGACACGAACAAUCCGUAAAUUAUAUGUCGCUUCUAGAAAAAGCUGCCAUAAAAUCUACGUAUUGGCUCAUUAACCCAAUUUCUUGUCAAAUUAACAAACAACCUUACUCUGAUAUCGAUUAGAAAUGUCCUAUUUGAUAAGUUUUGAGGAUGAAUGUAGACGAUGAGUAAGAAACAAUUCAGAGCUCCAGAAGAGAUGACCGUUUUAUAUUUAAUAAAUAAAUAAUGGUUUAUAAAAUAA